GCUCAUGUCCAAUGCUUUAACCUAGUAUGAAACAAGCUAAAAAUACUGUACUACAGUGAAAUCUAGAUCUAUAAAAUCUAGUCUAAGUCUAGACCUAGAUACUGCAAGAACUAUUCAAUUAGAAUUAAUUAGAACUAAUAACUCUAGAUCUUUUAUGAUAUAGUUAAUCAAGUCGAAAUCUAGAUCUCUUUAAAACCCGACAGUCAAUCUAUUAUCUAGAUCUAGCUAGAACUUCAUUCAACAAGAAUCAAACUCAAAGAAUCAACAAGAUCGAACCAAUUGAAAUAGUGACGAUGGAUAAAUUAGAUGUGGAUGAAAGGUUGAAAAUAGCAACUCUUCAAAAAGAGAAAGGUGAUACAAAGUCAGGCAUAAGCUGGAUGUACACAGGUAGCAAGCCAGACAGUGAAGAAUAUUUACUUGGUAAACGAAUCGACAAAUAUGUGGAGGGUGAACAAGACACCAAAUCAGCUGAUCCUAGUGUUAUUUUUGGUGAAAGAAUUAAGGCCAACAUUGCAUUGGAUGUUGCUGCUAAAAUGAGAGAGGAUCCCUUGUUUGCCAUAAGGCGCAAAGAAGAAGAAUCAAGGAAAAAGCUGUUAGAGAAUCCAGUCAAAAUGAAAGAGCUUCAAAAACUGAUUGAACAACAAGAGAAACAAAAACAGGAAAAAAAGAAAAAGAAAAAAAAGAAAAAACACAAGAAGCACUCGAAGUCAGAUGAGAGUGAUAGCUCCAGUGAGGAUGAGCUUAUGAAAAAAUACCUGGCCAUCUUGACCUCCAAACAUGGGAGUGAUGGAAAGUCUGAGAAGAAGUCAAAGAGACAUAAAAAUGAGGACAGCAGCGAUGAGAGCAAUGCCACCAAACAAAGGCACAGUGAUCGUGAUAAAAAUAUUAGCUCAGUGCAUGAUAGAUCCAAGCAGGGUAGAGACACUAGAGACAGACAAAGUCAAAGGUCAAAUCCUCAAAGAUCUUGCUCUAAGGAUAGACAAAAAUCCUAUGAUAAAUACUCUGACACUAAAAAAAGGAAGAAGUCUAAACACAGUAGCAGUGAAGAAAGCAGCAGUGACGAGAGAAGGAACAGAAAACACAGUAAAGACAAUCCUAGCAGCAGUCAACACAGAGGACACCAACAUACAUUACAUAAAGAAGGACAAGAUGACCAUGUCAAUAAGAGGUCUGAUCAAUAUUCACACAGAGACUCUAAGAACAGUGAAAGUCUAGAGAGAGAAAGAACAAAACACAGACUGUCUCACUCACAGGAUAGAAAAGCCAACUCUAAAAAAGAUGAAAGAAUUGGUCGGAAAUUGUCUAGGUCAAAUAGUAGGAAUAAAGAGAGACAGAGAAAAAAAAGUGAUUUACAUAGAGAGAAAGAUUCACACAGGAAGAAAGAUUCACAUAGAGAAGAAGAUUCACACAGUAAGAAAGAUUCACAUAGAGAGGAAGAUUCACACAGGAAGAAAGAUUUACUUAGAGAGGAAGAUUCAAUCAGGGAGAAAGAUUCACACAGAGAGAAGAGGAAAGUCAGACAUUCAAGAUCUUCAUCGUCGUCUUCAUCCUCUCCCUCACCAGAUAGACUCAAAAAUACGACUGGAAAUGAACACAGAAAAAAAUAUGGUCUAAUACUCUCAGGCAAUCACCAACCAGCAUCAAAAAGACAACGCUCAUCAUCAUCUUCCUCCUCCUCCUCCUCCUCAUCAUCAUCAACACACAGAAAGAAAACUAAAGUUGAAACCAAACCAAGUGUGACAAAGAAGCCAGUCUCACCUCCCAGAAGGAAAUUAACACAAGAAGAAAAGAAGAAAAAACUUGAGGAAAUGAUGCAGAAUGCUGAGUGGAGAGAAGAGCAGCGGGUGAGUAAUGUCAGAAGAUAUAAAGAGGAGGAUUCAGAGAAAGAAAAGAAUGACAAACAAGGAGGCAGUGGAUUCCUCAGCUCUAUGAUGGUCAAUCAUGCAUCUACAAGCUCAGUUGAGGACAGGAUCAAACGAAACAAAUAUAAUAUACAGAGAACUAGAGUAGAAAUGGAUAAGAACUUUGCUAAAAAAUAAAGAAAUAAACAUAUUCUUUCACUUAUGGCAGAAAUUUGGCUUUUGAAAGUUUUCACUGCAGAGGACAAUAAUUGUUAAUGUAAAUGUUGGAAAUGAAAUUUUUAUUUAUUUAAAAUAGAAGAAUAUUAUGUUAGUAUUUGCUAUCUAAAACAACUUGAACCCCUUUUAAUGUAACAAUGUUAAGCCCUAAAAAUUUCAGUAAAUAUGAUUCAUAUAUUUACACAUUUUAUUUUUACUUAAGAUUUUAAUUUUGUAAGCACAAAAAGUGUUGUUGUUUUUUAUCAGACUACCAUUGAAAUGAGGAUUGUUUUAAGAACCAGUUGUUUGAAAAGCAAAAUGUGAAGAAGCAGUUGUUUGAAUAGCAAAAUGUGAAGAAGCAGUUGUUUGAAUAGAAAAAUCUGUCUAUUUGCAGGCACAACUACUUGUUUUAAUUUCCUAAUCAGUACAUUCUCAAGCUCAGCAAUGAAACUUUUCCAAUGACUUCAGUCUCCAAAAAACUUUCAUUAUGUUGAAUGUGUUUAAGACAGUCAUUUUACAUACUGUUAAAUAUCUCUAAAGUGUGAAUUGUAAAAACUGAGUAAGCUUUGGCUACUUUUUUGAAGUAGCUUGUUCAAAUAUCUAAAUCAUUUCAUGUGUGAACUAUACAUGUAAAUAAAAACAUAAUAAAUUGUU